CGCCCUUCUAAACGAAUAACGCGUACGCUCGACUUGCGCUAAUAAUGAAAUAUUUUUUACAAAUUGUAUUGCUUACAUUAAUUUUGAUCUGUCAACAACACUUUACACGCGCCAGUGAAAAACUUUGCCCCAUCGGCAACUGCAACAAUGCAGGGCCUUGCACCAUCGAAGCUGAACGCUUGCAAUGUUCCUGCCUAGCAAAUUACUACAGCGGUUUGCGUUGCCAAGAUUUUAUUAAUAAUUGCGAGCCAAAUCCAUGUAGGAAUGGCGGAAGCUGUCAGCCAGCACUCGGACAAUUCUUUUGCAAUUGCGUUAGUCCCUGGGGAGGUCAACAAUGUGGCAUACGCGGCAUAAGAAUGUUUACGAAAAUGCAUGUGCUCUUCAAUCCAGUUGGCAUUUUCGGCGAACGACACAACUUUCUGCUCACCGUCGAAACAUUGGGCACCGCUGAUUUCAUUUAUGAGGCCUUCACAAAUAAUUGUUUGAUCGACACAUUUGAAUCGUAUACGCAUAGGGAGAGCUCUUUUCGUUAUUCGAGAAAUCUCAGAUCUGUCGCUAGAUCUCUUGGAUUAGUGCAUGCCGAUCGUCUACCCUAUAAUAUUGGCUAUUAUCAUGACUACUAUGAGAGUUUCUGGGAAGCGGGUACAUUGAAUGUGCGAGUACGCGUUGCUGAUAUGCAGUCGAGGGAGCUGUAUGACCAAUUUUUCGAGUUGUACAUCAUACAACCGGCGCACGUGCCAUGUAUACCGGAUAUUGGCUUCAUGCAUGGCGCUAACCCGCAAGAACCGCUAAUAGUAGACAUAGCGCGCUUCAAUUUCUUCAAUGCCAUUAUACAUAAACAUUGCGCGUCAGACUCACGCUUGGAAAUCGAAUGGACUGUGCACAAUAGCAUCGGCACAGUAUUGCUAUUUGAAUUCGGUAAUAGCGGCAAAAAGCAGCUGAAAGUCAAGCCCUAUCAAUUAUGGUUUAACUAUCACGGCGCGGUGGCACAAUCCUAUAUGAUUCGCGUGAAUGUGGACGAGCACCAAGGCGGCACAGUUGUACACAAGAAAGUUAGGUGUUACAUCUUCGUUAUGUCGAAGCCAGUUUCGGCACUAAUUUUAGGUGGAAGCACACGUGAAGUUGGCGUUCGUCAGUCUUUCUUCUUGGAUGGCUCUCAAAGUCGUGAUUUUGCACUGUCACCGUUGGUCGAGCAAACGAUGAAUUUUAAAUGGAGUUGUACUUCAGCUGAUGAUAGUUCCAAUAGCUACUGCCACGAAGAUAUGGGAACAGCCAGCAAAUUGAAUAUUCCUGCUGGAGUGCUACAGCUCGGCAAGUCCUACACAUUUAAAUUCCAAGUAAACUCAUAUGUCAGCACAAUGUCGCGCGAUGUUGCAAGGCAAAUCAUUCAAAUAACAAAUGAACCCAGGCAUUACGUCUUCAUUGAAUGUGUACGAAACUGUGCUAUGGCGAAGUAUGCGGCCGGUCGGAAGAUACAUCUGCUCGUGCGCUGCCCCACUUGCGGCGCGCGACCCACCAUCACAUGGACGGUUAGUAGCGGUGGCAGCUUCCCUAGCAAUGCGCGGCGUAUCGGCUUUAUGCCACCAGCCAGUGGCGAAAUUACAGUUGAAGCGUCCACUGCCAGCGACUCGAUGAGCGGUAAAUGUAAAAUAACGCUAUACUUGAAUGAGCCACCCAACGGUGGGCAGUGCAGCAUAGAACCCAGCAGUGGCGUGGAGUAUGAAACGGAAUUCCAUAUAACGUGUGACGAUUUUGAGGAUCCAAAUACGCCCAUAACUUAUCAAUACAUAGCCGAUACAUUCACUUUUGAUCGCACCAAUGAGCGUUUGAUGCGCACGCGACUACCGCUAACGAACAGCCUUAAAGUUGUGAUAUGCGAUUUCCUAUACGCCUGCACCGAGACGCAGUUGUCAGUCAGCGUAUCCCCCAUGCAAGUACCGCUAGAUGAGACUGCGUUGAGACUGUUGCUAUCACAAUCGGAUAGUAAUAUAGCUAAACUCUUGGAAGAUGGAGAUGUCGAACGCGCUAUGGUGCUGGCAGAUGUACUCACGCGCAGCACGCUGACAUUGGCAAUGGGCGAGAUAAUAUUUUACCAGCUACGUUGGCUCAAAUUGGAAACACUUUUGCAAGUUGAGCAAAUGACCAAAGUAACUAGAAAUCUGCUCGCGCCUUUACAACCGCUCGACAAUAUGCGAGUGAGCCUUUUCACCAAAUUCUUUCGCAAGAUUUCGGUUGGCUUUCACUAUGCCAUCGCUGAUAGGGAGUAUCAAGAGUUGCUGCAUGCGCCUUACGAAGUACUCAAUAAUGAAGUAGUCGAUUUGAUUGCAGAAUUUUCGGCGAAAUUGGAAGAUAUGCCACCUGUGGUGCGCAUACAACCGGCUAGCAGCGGCUCAGGCAAUCGGUUGAGCGAAAGAUAUGCACCACUACCCGACUUCGAUGAGACUGUGCUUGCGCGCAUCGAGAAUUGGUUGGAUGUUAUUUUCGAAUCAUUUCGGUGUCUGCAUUAUGUGGGCAUUUCGGGCACCAUUAUGCAUGAGCCCACUGACGAUCAUUAUAUACUAAAUAAACCCGGCGUCAAGGUGGACGUAUUCAGUAUUGAGGGCACAAAUAUGCUAAAAUUGGAAACUGCUAAUAGAAAGAUUGAGAUAAUAGUGCCAUCUGGUAUGCUGGCUGAACUUGAACGCAUACUGAAAAGCGCACAGCUGCUCUUUCAGGUGGUGUCCUUCGAGAGAAACCCAUUUUGGUGGUACCCCGAUACGGAACCGAUCAACACUGGCAUCGUGUCGUUUAGCGUAUACAGCGCCGCAGAUCCUCUACGAGAAGACACUUUUCUCGAAAACCCCAUAGAGUUUCGCAUGUCACUAUCCGCAAGUACACCAGCGACUGAUGCACUCAACAGCCUGGUUGAAGGCUAUGUCAAGGAUUCACUAGAUAUGCCUAUUUACCGCAUCGAAAUGCCAGAGAAUACCGCCGCGAUUGUAAAAUUUUCUGACCCCACCACACGGCUGUGUGUCAAGCUUGAUUUGUGCACCAAGCCGCGCAGCUAUCAAAUGCGUGACUCUGCCGAUUUUGUGCCGGAGAAGCACACCUUUCACGUAGUCAACGACAAGGGCGGAAAUGUUUGGGCCUACCUAGCCGUAAUGGCAGCAGAUGAAAUUUCCACGCUGAAAACAUUCAAAUUUGAGAUUACCAUGCUGAAAUGUCUCGUUUGGGACUUUAAGCCACGCGAUCCUGAAUGGUCAACAACUGGUUGCGUACCCAAGCUAAACUUAAGCGAUGCAGAAAACUUGAGUUGCAGUUGUUAUCAUCUGUCCACGUUCGCGGGCAAGAAGCAUCCCACUGCCGCCAUGGAAACUAAUACACCGCGUCACGUGCUCACUCGCCUACCUACGAAUGGCUAUAUGGUCGUAUCUUUCUUUUUUCUGCUCCUACUAUUUUCGCUGCUUUUCUGUUGCGCCUGGCGUUCUUUGCGCAAUCACAAAGGUGAACUGAUUACAUUACUCGAUCAGGAAGACUACAACAAAGAGUUCGGCGUCAAUGUUCACAUAAGCACCGGCGGACAUUGGCAUGCGGCUACGUCUGCAAAUGUUAUUCUCAUGUUUGCUGUACCGCAAGGCACGCGCAAAUUUAUAAUUUUUCAAAAUCCCGAGAAUCCACACUUGGUGCGCAAUUCCACUUGCACACUACGCUUACCACUGACAGGCGAUGAUCUUGCUCAGCCACUUCUGCUCAGCAUACGUCGUGACAAUUCCGGCCGCUAUCCCAGUUGGUAUUGUCGCCGUAUUGUCAUUGAGGAUUACGCCAACGAAAUCAUCUGUUCAUUCGAAGUUGAAGCGUGGAUAACGACGAAACCAUUAGUUUUGGAUGCAGCAAAUUUCCGCGAAGGUUCACAAUCUUUUAAACGCGCCUUCCGUGAUACGCUGGAGAGUCUCUGCAUACAGUGGUUCCUAUUUCAGGCUCUGGUAGGACCAUGGAAAUAUGGCGAUUCAACUUUGAAUCGCUUCGAGCGUACUUGCAUCUGGACGGUGAAGUUGGCUGUAACAAUUUGCAUUGUUGCCUGCUAUAUGGGUCCGACGACAUUGAAGACUUAUGAGGAGGAACGUGAUAAAUACAAUAAUAUUGCUUACGAUUGGGUGGAAAUAUUUUUCCUAUGUAUUUUCUCGUAUAUUAUUUGCUUCUUUGUGGAGAUCGGUCUUAAGGCAUUCAUUUACCACGAUGAGUUGGAACGGGAAAAUGCUGCUGAAGAAUAUAUCAAAGAAGAUUGAUGUGGCAAGUAAAAUUUUUUUAUCUCUAGUGGUAUAACUUAGUUAUGCAUAAUGAAUAUAAAACAGUUGAAUACCUUGUAAAGAGUGAAUAGGCUUUUUGUACAUUAAUGGUUGCCAAUAGUUUUCUGAAAUA